AUGGACUCGCCAGCUGCAAAGACUCCUCGUCGCAAGCAAUCAGGCAACAAGACCAAGACUCUGCCUUGCCCGCAUUGCCAGCGUUUGUUUGCGAGAUUGGAACAUCUGCAGCGACAUAUACGCACUCACACCAAGGAGAAGCCGUUUGUCUGCGAAAUAUGUACAAAGACAUUUGCCCGCAGCGACCUCCUCGUGCGCCACGAGCGACUCGUUCAUCCGGGCGACGAAGAGCAGCACACCAGUCGCAAGUCCCAUAAGAGACGCACCCACUCGACGGCUUCGACCCAUGCUAGACCUCAUGCCAACAGCGAUGCCUCACAGAAUGGACCGUUGUCGCCGCUACAAACUCAUAGUCAGAGUGACCCCUUGGAUAUGGUACAACAGAGCCAGCAUCCGCAGAUGAUGUCCUCUCCUGUCACACAAGAAGGAAGAGGUAUGAUGGACAUGCUAGAUCCUCAGCUCAUGCAGCCUGCCAACGGAAUGACGACCAUGGAUGGCAUGCCUGCACACCAAGGAAAUACCUACGUCCCUCAAGGUCUGGAUCCGUCGUGGGGAUACGACCUAAACCUACUCUCUCAUGCUGCAAGCCACGUAGCGUCCAACCAGCACCAAUAUGGUCUUCCAGAUAUACCCCAAGUCACUCAAGAGCAGGGUCAAGAAUCACUACACCAGUUACUGCCAGGUACUCUUGAGCAGCACUACCCUGCACGGACGGUGCACGAUUACGGCCACCAGACACCCUUGUACGAGCAGAGUCCAGAUCUGGGUGAUCCCAUGCAAGAUUUCACUGUCUUUCUUGACAGUAUAGGCUUGUCCUCGGAAUGGGAUCCAAGAAUGAUCAACAGUACAGAGGGAGAGCCUUUUGCCUCGCCCGAGUUGAAAAGCGAUCCAAACUUCUAUCGUCAGACAAAUGGUACUCCUGUGGAUCACAAGCUCACAGCUGUACAAGAUGAGAGUAGUACCUUCUCAAGAUUUGGCUCGAGGCUGCCCUCUCUACAGCCGGACUCACGCGAACACACUUUGCAGCCGCUCGAGCAGAGAGCUAAUGAAGACUACCUGAACAUCCCCAAAUCAAGAGGCGCCUAUGAGGUUUCCGACUCCGAUCGUCAUCUCUUCGCUUCCAAACUGGCAGCCUUUGACAGUGUCAUGCCCAAAGGGUUUAUUGCACCCUCACGUCAUUCACUAUCAAGGUAUCUGGCAGGGUAUAUUAAUGGCUUCCACGAGCACCUGCCUUUCAUUCAUGUGCCAACUCUGUCAGUCGCUAGUAGCGCUCCAGAAUUGGUGCUUGCCUUGGCAGCUGUCGGCGCACAAUAUCGCUUCGAGAAUAGUAGAGGUAUCGAAUUGUUUUACGCUGCAAAAGCAGUGGUUCUGGAGCAGGUCAAGCGUCGUGAUGGCUUCCAGAUUCCUCAGUUAUGGAACAGGCCACGAACACGUACUGGCUCCAUUGUGCAAUCACCCUCCAAUGGCGGUUUCAGUGGACUGAGCUCAAGUGGUAGUCCUUUUCAAUUCGCCCCACCAGAAGAGGUCGUUGCGCCUGACAGCAAGGAGCAGAUGGACUCUAUACAAGCUCUACUUCUUCUCACAGCUUUUGCCACUUGGGAACGCCACCAAGAACUGCUUCGGGAAGCUCUAGCCUUUCAAAGUAUACUUGCUAGGUUGGUACGCGAAUCUGGCCUCACAAGCCCUGAAGUGCCACCUUCCGAAGACCUUUCCUGGGAAGAAUGGAUUCGCUUAGAAGGUGACAAGCGAACCAAGUUGAUAGUCUACUGCUUCUUCAAUUUGCAUUCAAUCACCUGGAAUGUGCCGCCACUGAUAUUGAAUUCAGAGGUGAAGCUUGAUCUUCCGGAUCCUGGCAACGAGUGGAAGUCACCAAGCGCUGAUAUAUGGAAGAGAAUACGUGCACAAAACGUACCCUCAGCGGUACCUUUUCAGACCGCUUUCUCGCGCUUGUUCUCUCGCUCAAGUCAAACUCCUGCACCAACACUGUCGCCGCUAGGGAACUACGUUUUGAUACAUGCCGUCAUUCAGCAGAUCUUCUUUGCCAGACAAUUGUCCAUGGUUUGGCCGGCGCCUGAUGCUACUUCGUUGCGUCAGGAGGACAUCACUGUACUAGAUCGAGGUCUAUCGUCAUGGAAGUCAGGAUGGCGACGGGAUCCUCAAUCAUCAUUGGAUCCACAGAACCCGAAUGGACCUGUGGCUUUCACGUCUACAGCUUUGCUUGGCCUGGCAUAUAUACGUCUGCACAUCGAUAUGGGACCACUUCGACAUCUCGAGACUCGUGACAGCAGCCAGAUCGCUCAUGCUCUACACAACACAAGUCCAAUCCGUAGGGAUCCGCGAUUAACGCCUGCACUGUUGCAUUGUGCGCAUGCUCUGUCGAUUCCUGUACGACUGGGCAUUGACUUUGUCGCCAAAACACAAACUUUCUUCUGGUCUAUACAACACUCACUCUGCAGUUUAGAAUGUGCCUUCCUGCUAUCCAAAUGGCUCUAUAGUCUGUCGAGAAUCAUACCAGAUCAACAACCGCCACUCUCAGAACACGAACGCAAACUCCUUGUAUGGGUUCGCAACAUCCUAGAAGAGACAGGCAUAACGGUCGUCCUGAACGGCAAUGCGGGCGACGUCCACGUGGUCACUCAGAGUCAGGAACUCCUUGAAGACGAACGUAAAAUCCGAGGACUAGCGAUCAGCGUCGUCCGUGUCUGGAGCAAGACCUUCAAGGGUAAUACCUCCUGGGCAAUUGUGGAUAUGAUCGGGUCUGCACUGGAGGUCUAUGCUAACCUGCUCGAGGAGGACAUGAGAAUUGAUCUGGGCGUGACACUAGGCAGUCAACCAGCAGAUAGUCGGCCAACAACCGCGACUGGACAAGCGAGUCUAGGACAUUCUGCGAUGAACUCGCAGUUACAGGCACAGGUGCAGACACCAGUCAGUGCAGUUUCGGGCUAG